AUGCCUGACAGCACCACAACUAUUGAUGCAACAACAACUUUGACUUCCACAACCACCCCUCCAACAACUUCAGCUACAGUACCAACAUCAACAACUAAUCGACCAAAAACAACUAUAACUGUGCCUGACACCACAACAACUACUGACUCAACAACAACUUUGGCUUUCACAACCACUGCUCCAACAUCCUCAACUAUUGUACCAACAUCGACGACUAAUAAACCAACAACAACUAUUACCAACAUCAACGACUAA